GGUUCCAGGGAUCAGGACAUCCUGGUUUUAAGGCUGACGUUGAUCUUUGAAAGCCAUCUCUGAGUUGAGUAUAAAUAAGUCCCCACAUGUCACUUGCAGCACUCAUUAUCCAGGUGCUCUCCUGACACUGCCAGAGACCACACUUCAUCCACAGGCAGUAUGCAUCCCGCUGUUUCCUUCUGUUGCAUCCUCCUUCUGUGCUCUGCACUGGGAGAAGCGGCUUUGAGAAAACCAAAGAAGACUCCAACCCCGGCCCCUGAUGCCAACGACACCACAAAACCUGAAGCAGAACAGCCAUCAGCUUCCGUCACUCAACCCAAGACACUAGCCCGAGGAUGGGGAGACAGCAUUAACUGGGCCCAGACCUAUGAAGAAGCUCUAGCCAAAGCCAGAGAAACAAAGAAGCCUCUAAUGGUGAUUCACCACUUGGAAGACUGUCCUUACAGCCAAGCUCUGAAGAAAGCUUUCGUGGCUGAUCCAAUGGCACAGAAACUGGCUCAGGAAGAUUUCGUAAUGCUUAAUGUUGUGCAUCCUGUAGCUGAUGAGAACCAGUCUCCAGACGGACACUAUGUCCCUAGGAUCGUUUUUGUUGAUCCCUCCAUGACAGUCCGGACAGACCUUGCUGGCAGAUACGGAAACAGACUCUACGCUUAUGAAGCUGGAGAUAUUCCUGAGUUAAUCACAAACAUGAAGAAAGCUAAAAUCCUUCUGCACACCGAGCUGUGAGUUUCUACGCAUUGAAUAAAUACAGAAGAGAUGACCAGGACGCACUGAACGCCUCUUUCCAAAAAGUGUCCGGAAGCCCCCAGGAGUCAUCUUAAUCAACCCUAUGAAAUCUUAUCUGUUACACAAACCAGCUAGAACUGGCGGCUAGCUCAUGCUUUUUUCUCCCUAGCUCUCCCAGACAGGUUCCGGAAUGGCUAGCCUACUCUCACCCCAAUAGUUUCU